AUGAGGCUGCUGACACAUAAUCUGCUCCAAUGCAACAAGAAGGGCGUACAGAAGGGCUACCCGCUCAUCAUCCAAGCGGCAGCCAUGAAAUAUGAGGAGAGCCCCUUCGACAAAGACUUCGUCAGCGCCAUGAUUCCAAAGCUCGAAUAUGAUGCUUUGUUGAAGGCCUUAGCCGAAGUCCGGGUAUGCCCCAACAUCGCAGGAAGUGAGGCGCUUCCAGCCUUCCCCGAGCUGCCGGCAUCAGUGCCAGCGGAUCAUGCAUCCUGGCGCAUUGCGGUGGAGGGUAAUCGCUGUAGGAUCAAUUAG